GGUCACACUUUUCUUAACAACAGCUGACUAAGCAGACGUGUGAAUGGUCAGACGCCAUUACGUUACGUGCUGACGAGUCGUGUACGUGUACAAUAAAAACAGGAGAAAAAAGGAAAAUAUAUGUAAGGUGCAGAGAGAGAACAGUCAAAAUUAACUGUGUCGAUGUCGAACGAUAAUACAUAAAACAACAAAUAAACAAGAAAUAACGAAACAGCUAGCGUUCACCAAAAUAGGCCAGCGAAACAAUCAACAUUAACAUCUUUCUUGAGUCGAUCAGCCAAUUGGCUGGCUUUGCAACCAACUGCAUCAACAUGCAGCUUCUAAUUUCAAGUGUUUGCAUGGCGCUGACCAGCGCCGUAAUUGGCAACGCCUACUACCAGAAGCAGCAGUUCUAUCCUGCCGUUGUCUAUAUCACCAAAUCCAAUGCAUCUAUGGCGGUAAUCUACAUACAAUUUUUUGUGAUAGUCUUUAUGUUUGGCAAGCUCUUGCGCAAGAUAUUCCUAGGCACGUUGCGUGCUGCCGAAUUUGAGCAUCUGCUCGAACGCUUUUGGUAUGCAUUGACAGAAACAUGUUUGGCAUUUACUGUGUUUCGCGACGACUUCAAUCCCCGCUUUGUGGCACUUUUUACAGUGCUCCUCUUUCUCAAAUCAUUCCAUUGGCUGGCCGAGGAACGCGUUGAUUUUAUGGAGCGUUCCCCGGUACUGGGCUGGCUGUUCCACAUACGCGUCGGCAGUCUGUUAACCAUGCUGGGCAUCCUUGACUAUGUGCUCCUCAUGCACGCCUACAACUCAACGCUUGUGCGUGGUCCGACGGUGCAGCUAGUGUUUGGCUUCGAGUACGCCAUCCUGUUGACAGUUAUCGCCAGCACGGCCAUAAAAUAUGUGCUCCAUGCUGCAGAGAUGCGCACCGACACGCCCUGGGAGAAUAAGGCCGUGUUUCUAUUGUAUACGGAACUAGUGAUUGGAUUAAUCAAGGUGGUGCUCUACUUGCUCUUCGUUGUUAUUAUGGCCAAGAUUUAUGCACUACCCAUGUUCGUGUUCCGCCCAAUGUUCUUUACCAUACGCAACUUCCGCAAGGCUCUCAACGACGUCAUUAUGUCUCGACGUGCAAUUCGCAACAUGAAUACAUUGUAUCCGGACGCCACACCCGAAGAGCUGCGCCAGUCGGACAAUAUUUGCAUUAUUUGUCGCGAAGACAUGGUUAAUCACUCCAAGAAGCUACCGUGCGGUCACAUCUUCCAUACGACCUGCCUGCGCUCCUGGUUUCAACGCCAGCAAACUUGCCCCACUUGUCGCCUCAAUAUACUCCGUACACCAACAGUUAAUUCUACGGCGAUUCCCCGGGCUGCUGAAGAGCCAGCAAAUGCAGCUGCAGCAGCAGCAGCUCCUACUGGUGGCCAGCCAGCAGCUGGCGCCGAUGGGGCAAUCAUUAACCCAGCAGCAACAGCAACAGGAGUACCAGAUGCAGGCCAACCACAUCCAAACGGUUCAGCGAUUCGCAAUCCAGGAGUACCAAAUUUUGCAGAUAUUUUAGCCGAAGCAAAUAACCUAAGAAACGAAAUGUCAAAUCGAGCUGGCAUACCGCCACCUCCUAUGAUGCCGCCGUUUAUGAUGCAGCCACCCUUUGGAUACUUUCCUCCUCCGCUAGUACCGCCGCCACCGAUGCCGCAGGAUCUCAACACGUUCAACGAGGAUGAGCUACGCGCCAUGGAAGGCAAUCUACGCACACAUAUUGAGGAGCGCAUCAAGAUGCUUCGCAAUAUUUUGGUAAUGGUGGAUUCGGCAAAUAUUUUAAUGCAACAAUAUCAAGGGAUAAUUGCGCGACUGCCACCGCCUAUGCAAGUAGUGCCACCAAACCCGGAUACGACAGCUCAACGCGUACCAACGGCAGCCGAUGCAACAGCAGCAGCCGCUCCAGCACAAUCAGGAGCAGCAGCAUCUGCCGCUUCACCACUACCAAGAGCAGCAGCAGCAGAUCCAGCAGCGGCGUCAACACCAGUUUGUGAUAAACCGAGCACAUCAAGAGCCGCAACAACAGAGGCUAAGCCGCACGAGGGGCAGGUGAACAGCGUUGCUAUAAGUAGCCCUGUGGCAAAUGCCUCAGAAAAAGUUACUAUUGAAGAUUUGGGCGCUGAGGAGGAUAUCAACCCGUCCACUGAUGCCGCUUCUGUCGAUGUGGAUAGCGAGGAUAGCUCCGAGCUGAGCGAGCUGCGAAAGCGACGCUUGAAAUUCCUUGAGGAGCGCAACAAAUCGCCAACAGCUACUAGCGACAAAACAGAUUAGAAUUCGAACUGAAAGAAAUCAGCAGCAUCAGCAUCAGCAGCAGCGCAACAGCCUUUGACGCCCACCUUGCUCUCACACGUGCAUCUAGCAACUCGAUGUGUAUUCUAUGAAUGGAUAUUGAUUUUAGCUUAUUCUACAUUGACCCCUUAUCUUUCCGAAAUUUCUUCGACUUUGUUGUAUUGACAUGGUUUUUAAAAAGGAAAAAAAAAAAAUGGAAUGCUUACAUACACACACACACAUGCACAUACAGAACACAGAUUCACAUACGUCAUAUACAUAUAACGGUAUCUGUGUAGAAAGUGGGGCUAUGAUAAAGCGGGGCGUGCAAAUUCAAUAUAUUUGAAUAUAUAGUGUAAAAAAAA